AUGUUCAAAGGUCUUGCUAGAAUAAUACCUACUAGGCAAGGUCUGCUCAGCAGCUGGGCUAGUGGAUCUACUUCAAGUAUAAGGCUCGCUAGUACAACUACUGAUACACCAACACCAAGACGUCAAGAACAAUUGAUUAAAUUAACUUUAAGAGAAGAAAAUUUAACAGAAUUAGAAAAACAAGAUGCUGUUGUCAAUAGACGUCGUAAAUUAGCUAAAGAAAUUGUUCAAUUAAAGAAAUAUAAACCAACAUCCCCGGGUGUUAGAUGGUAUAGAGCUCCAAUGUAUCCACAUUUAUUCAAAGGUAAUCCAUAUAGACCUUUAACUGCACCAAGAAAGAAACAUUCUGGUAGAAAUAACACCGGUAGAAUUGUGAUCAGAGGUAGAGGUGGUGGUCAUAAACGUCGUAUUAGAAUCAUUGAUAAUUUCAGAAAUGACGCAGGUCAACAAGAAGUUGUUCGUAUUGAAUAUGAUCCAAAUAGAACUGCUCAUAUUGCUUUAUUAAAAAAUUUAGAAACAAACAAAAGAACCUAUAUUCUUGCUGCUGAUGGUCUUAGAGCUGGUGAUAUAGUGGAAUCAUUCAUGCAAGGUAUCCCAGAUAGACUUAUGAAGGAAAUGGGUGGUAAAAUUGAUCCAGCUAUUUUAUCCGCUAAAACCAAUCAAAAGGGUAACUGUUUACCAAUUCAUAUGAUUCCAAUUGGUUCAACAAUUCAUAACAUUAGUAUAACAAAAGGUGAACCUGGUAAAAUGUGUAGAGCUGCAGGUUCUCAUGGUAAAUUAAUGCAAAAAUUACCUGAAAAGAAGAAAGCUAUUGUUAAAUUGAAAAGUGGUGAACAUCGUUAUAUUCAUAUUGAUAGUUGUGCAACUUUAGGUGUUGUUUCUAAUAUUGCUCAUCAACAUUUAAGUCUUGGUAAAGCUGGUAGAUCAAGAUGGAGAGAUCGUAGACCAAAAGUCCGUGGUAUGGCUAUGAAUGCUUGUGACCAUCCUCACGGUGGUGGUAGAGGUAAAUCUAAAGGUAAUAGAUUAUCUGUUUCAGCAUGGGGUGUCUUGGCUAAAGGUUAUAAGACAAGAAGAGGUAAAUCACAAAACAAAAUGAAAGUUAAAGAUAAACCAAGAGGUAAAGCUGGUAGAAGAAAUGCCAGAUAA